CCAACUUUGAAUAAAAGGAUGUAUGGUAUGUAUAAUAAUGAUAAUGGUCAAUCAUCAUCAUCAGCAGCAGCAUCACAUGACCCUAUGCCUAAGUCUUAUGUCUUUUCUAGAUACCCUUAUAUAGAACUGCCCGAAUCGUCUUUUCGUAAUGAAGUUGAUGAAAGUUUGGUUGAUGGACUAGGUAGAAUGUAUAUUGAUCAGGGUCGAAAUGAGGGUUUACUUUGCGAUAACCGAACUAGUUUGAGUAGGUUUGGGGACUCUGAUUAUCUUCCUGCUAACCCUCAUUUUUCGAGGAUUCCUAUGUAUUCUGGUAGUGAAAUGAAUCCAGUGUUUUUCGGUUUUCAGCAAAAUUGUGGGAUUUCUGAGAAUGUGUUGUCUCAAUUGAAUUUUGAAAGGAAUUUAUUGAAUUAUGGUUAUCAAUGGGGGAUUCCAGGUCCUGUUGGGAUGAAUCCGAUGUGUGAAAGUGGUGUAGGUAUGCCUAUGCAAAAUGUACCUUAUGUGACCCGGUCUAAAGCUAAGAGUAACACGAACCAUGACCCGAAACAGUUUCACAUGGCAGGAGGUGGUUCACCAAAUAUUAGAAACACUCGUAGAGGGCUUGAGUCUGGGCUCGAAAGUGUAGCAGCUAGUGAGGAAAGUUUGAUCAUUCAAGGUGAAGACUUAAGUCGGGUUAGAAAGAGGUUAGUGAGUCCCUGUGAAUUUGGUCGAACCAAAGUUGAUUUAUCUAGUUCAUCACACUUGACAGCAGCCCGAAGACGUAUUUUUCUGAUGGCAAAAGAUCAACACGGGUGUCGUCUUCUACAAAAGAUUUUUGAUGAUGGAAAUCCACAACAUGUGCAAAUUGUAUUUAAUGAGAUUAUUGGGCAUGUUGUCGAACUUAUGAUCAAUCCUUUUGGGAAUUACCUUAUGCAAAAACUUUUGGAAGUGUGUAAUGAAGAACAAAGAAUGCAUAUUUUGAUGGCGAUAACUCAGGAACGAAGGGAACUUGUUCAAAUUUCACUAAAUACUCAUGGAACUCGGGUGGUACAGAAGCUCAUAGAGACUAUAAAGACUAGGCAGGAAAUUGAGCUUGUUAUUUCUGCACUUGAACCAGGGUUUCUUGCUCUUAUAAAGGAUCUAAAUGGUAAUCAUGUCAUUCAGCGUUGCUUGCAGUGCUUCAGCAAUGAAGAUAAUAAGUUCAUAUUCGAAGCUGCAGCAAACUUUUGUGUUGAAAUUGCCACACAUCAGCAUGGGUGUUGCGUGUUGCAAAGAUGUAUCAGCCACGCAACUGAAGAACACCAUGAAAAACUAGUCUUGGAAAUUUCAAAAAAUGGCUUUAUUUUGGCACAAGAUGCAUUUGGAAACUAUGUUGUACAGUACAUUCUCGAGCAGCAGAUUCCCUUAGCAGUGUCCCAACUGACCUCACAGUUUAAGGGUAAUUAUGUGCACCUUGCUACCCAAAAAUUCAGUAGCCACGUGGUCGAGAAAUGUUUAGCUAUAUCAGACGGUCAAAUCAGGUCAACCAUCAUUCGUGAGCUGAUCUUGGCUACUCAUUUCGAACAGUUGCUGCAAGAUCCACAUGCUAACUAUGUUGUUCAAACCGCCCUUCGUGUUUCUGAGGGUCCACUUCAUGACUUGUUGGUGAAUGUGAUUGAAUCUCACAAAGCAAUUUCAAGAAGCAGCCCAUAUUCGAAGAGGAUUUUCUCAAACAAGCUUUUGAGAAGGUGAAUGUAGAUUACAAUGUUGUUGUUUCAUGUGUCUGUUAGGAUUGGAUCAUUUUAGUGAUAGUCAUGUGCUUGAUAACAUGAUCUUUAUGUCAAAAUCGCAUAUUUAGAGUCAUAGAUAGAGGGGAAAGCAAAUUUUGGGUUCAACUUGUUUGAUAGAUAAAUGUUCAUGACAAUAUUGUUUAGA